AUGAGGUGCCAAAUUUCUCUCAUUCACUACCAAUCAGAUCCUAUGGCUUCACAGCCUCCUUUGACUGGUUAUGUGCCUCAUGCAUCAUAUGCUACAAAAUCAUAUUCUCUAGUGACUCCCAUGAUUCCAGCAAACAGUUGGGCUGCAGAGGCCCAAGAAGCUCUUGAAGAGGAGUCUCUUUCUAAAGUGGAGAGUGAAGUUAGACAAGAAUUGAAGCAAAAUCUUCAGGGGGAUGAUUUGGAAACUGCUGUUGCUGAAGAGAUGUCUACGUUUAAAGAAGAAUGGGAAGUUGUUCUGGAUGACCUUGAAACAGAAUGUGCUCACUUACUGGAACAACUUGAUGGGGCUGGCAUUGAACUUCCUAGCCUUUAUAAGUUGAUUGAAAAAGAAGCUCCUAAUGUUUGCUCCACUGAAGCUUGGAAAAAUAGGAAUCACUGGGUUGGCUGUGUGGCAACUUCUGAAAUUGCUGAGUCAGUUGCUGAUGCUGAGAAGCAUUUACAAGUAAACAGACCGGUUAGAAGGCGACAUGGUAAAUUACUGGAAGAGGGUGCUAGUGGCUUUCUCCAAAAAAAACUUUGUGAUGAAACCCAAGAGCCAGUGAAGAACGAAACUGCGCGGGAUUGGGAUAUGUUCAAUAAAAUAGUUUCUGAUGGGAGUGGUAUUGAUGCUUCAUUUGGCAGUAAGCACUGGGCUUCUGUUUAUCUGGCCAGCACUCCACAGCAAGCUGCCUUGAUGGGACUCAAAUUUCCAGGAGUUGAUGAGGUGGAGGAGAUUGAUGAUGUUGAUGGAAAUUCUAUGGAUCCAUUUAUUGCAGCUGCAAUUGCAAAUGAAAGAGAAUUAGAUCUUUCUGAUGAGCAAAGGAGACAAUUUAAAAAGUCGCCUAUGCAUAAGGUCAAAGAAGAAGAUGAUGCAAUUGUUGAUAAGAAACUUCAAAUCCGUUUGAAACAUAGGAGGUAUAAAAAGAUAAGUAAACAGGGAGAAAUGAGCAUACCUAUCCUGUUGACGGAGAGCCCCACACAGAAUCCUUCAUCUGUUGAUCAUUUAAACCCUGUUAUGAAAGAAGGAAUUACUGAUGAUGGGAAAAGAGUGUCUGACAAUGGCAAGGAUACAUGUGUUCUUCUGGAGACUAAUAAUAAUAAAGGUUUUGAUACUAGUCAUCAUCUUGACCAAGAAAAGCUUAGAAGUAAUGGUGGCUUGUCAGAUCCACUCAAAUCCUCAGUGGAUGAUGUUAUUGAACAGAGAGGAAUCAAACGUGCAAGCAGUAGUGAGGUUGAUGCUGACAAUAAAAAAUGUCGGAUUCUUAUUAUUGACAGUGAUAAUGAAGCAGAGGUCAUCAAAGAGAAAUUAGAUGGCAAUACUCAAGAAGUAAAAGACGAAUUACUUAACAAUGGUACUGGUUCUCUUCCUUUGGAGCGUCUGGAAGAAAACUUUUUGUGCACAGUUUGUGAUAAAGUGGCUCUUGAAGUGCAUCCACACCCUCUCUUGAAAGUAAUUACUUGUGAAGAUUGCAAUUGCUUAUUAAAGGAAAUGACACAUCAAAAGGAUCUGGGACAAGAUUGUUCGGAGGGUUACUGUACAUGGUGUGGAGGAAACAAUGAAUUAGUUAGUUGUAAAUUAUGCAAUAUAUUAUUCUGCACCAAAUGUUUAAAGAAGAAUCUUGGUGUAGAAUUGGUUCCUGGAGAUCAGGCCUCUAGCCGGCAUUGUUGUUGUUGCCACCCAAAUCUUCUGCAAAGACUAUCCUUGCAACUAGAGAAAGCUGUGGGGUCUGCUAAUGUAAUAGUUUCUAGUUCUAGUAGUGAUUCAGAUGAUUCAGAUAAUUCAGAUAAUUCAGAUGAUUCAGAUGAUUCAGAUGCACAGAUUAAUGUUACAAUGAGCUCCAAGCGAAGACACAAAAAGAAGAUUCGUAGGAUACUUGAUGAUGCUGAAUUAGGAGAAGAGACAAAGAGGAAAAUAGCAAUCGAAAAGGAACGUCAGGAACGCCUGAAGUCUUUAAGAGGGCAGUUUUCUGCUUCGUCAAUUGAGAUGUGCUCUGAUGGGUGUAAUAGGAAUUUAUCAGAAGGUGCAACUGUUGAAGUUCUUGGAGAUGCACAAGCAGGUUACAUAGUGAAUGUUGUGAGGGAGAAAGGUGAAGAAGCUGUUAGAAUUCCUCCUAGCAUCUCAGCUAAGCUAAAGGCCCAUCAGAUAUCUGGAAUAAGAUUCAUGUGGGAAAAUAUAAUACAGUCUAUCAGGAAAGUGAAGUCUGGGGAUAAAGGUCUUGGAUGUAUUCUAGCUCAUACCAUGGGCCUUGGUAAAACAUUUCAGGUGAUAGCUUUUUUGUACACUGCAAUGAGAUGUGUUGAUCUGGGUUUAAGAACUGCGCUUAUAGUCACACCUGUCAAUGUGCUACAUAAUUGGCGGCAAGAGUUCAUUAAAUGGAGACCUUCUGAGUUAAAGCCACUCAGGGUCUUCAUGCUGGAAGACGUAUCAAGAGAUAGAAGAGAAGAAUUGCUUGCAAAAUGGAGAGCUAAAGGUGGUGUGUUUUUGAUUGGUUAUACUGCUUUCCGAAAUUUGUCUUUUGGGAAGCAUGUGAAAGAUCGGCACAUGGCCAGAGAAAUUUGCCAUGCUUUGCAGUGUAAAGAUGCCUUUGCAUUCACCAGAAGGCUGCUGGAGAUGGGAUAUACUGGGGAAAGUCAAGGAGAUAUGGCAGCCACAACAGAGAGGAAAGAACAGGACAUUGAAUAUUGCAGCACCGAUGGUCCUGACAUUCUUGUUUGUGAUGAAGCCCAUAUGAUAAAAAAUACUAAGGCCGAUGUAACUCAAGCCUUGAAACAAGUAAAAUGCCAGAGAAGAAUUGCUCUUACUGGAUCACCGCUUCAAAACAAUCUCAUGGAAUAUUACUGUAUGGUUGAUUUUGUAAGAGAAGGUUUUCUUGGAAGCAGCCAUGAAUUUCGGAACCGGCAAGGCUUUCUUUCCACAUUCUUCCAAAAUCCUAUAGAGAAUGGACAACACACCAAUUCAACUCUGAUCGAUGUGAAAAUUAUGAACCAGAGGUCUCAUAUCCUCUAUGAAGAAUUAAAAGGCUUUGUUCAAAGAAUGGACAUGAAUGUGGUGAAGAAGGAUCUACCGCCCAAAACUGUCUUCGUGAUAACUGUCAAGCUUUCACCCUUGCAGAGAAAAUUGUACAAGAGAUUUCUUGAUGUGCAUGGGUUCACUACGCAGGAGCAUCCUGAAUUGUUAAGGAAGAGAUGUUUUUUUGCUGGGUACCAGGCAUUAGCUCGGAUAUGGAACCACCCAGGGAUCUUGCAGUUGACAAAAGAAGCAAAGGAUUAUGCAAAAGAUGAAGAUGCUGUUGAGAAUUUCCUUGUGGAUGAUAGUUCCAGUGACGAAAAUUCCGAUUAUAAUGUUCUUGCUGGAGAGAAGAUGGGGUAUGCAAAUGACUUGCUGCAAAGGAAAGAUGGUAAUGGCUUUUUCCUGAAGGGUUGGUGGAAUGAUCUUCUUCAUGGCAAAAUAUAUAAAGAGAUUGAUCACAGUGGUAAAAUGGUUUUGCUGAUGGAGAUACUAACAAUGAGUUCUGAUGUGGGUGAUAAGGUAUUAGUUUUUAGUCAGAGCAUACCAACACUAGACCUGAUUGAACUUUAUCUCUCAAGGAUACCUCGACGUGGCAAACGAGGAAAGUUUUGGAAGAAGGGAAAAGAUUGGUAUAGGUUGGACGGAAGGACAGUGAGUUCUGAGAGGCAGAAGCUUGUUGAGAGAUUUAAUGAGCCUUUGAAUAAGAGGGUAAAGUGUACUCUGAUUUCAACCAGAGCAGGCUCUUUGGGUAUUAAUCUUCAUGCAGCUAAUCGUGUUGUUAUAGUAGAUGGUUCUUGGAAUCCAACAUAUGAUCUCCAGGCUAUCUAUCGAUCAUGGAGGUAUGGACAGACAAAGCCUGUAUUUGCUUAUCGAUUGCUAGCUCAUGGAACUAUGGAAGAGAAGAUAUACAAGCGCCAGGUAACAAAAGAGGGGCUUGCUGCUAGGGUCGUUGACAGGCAGCAGGUGCAUAGGACCAUUUCUAAAGAAGAAAUGCUGCAUCUCUUUGAGUUUGGUGAUGAUGACAACCCUGAGACUUUGGGUGAUCUGGGUCAAGAAAAUGGGCAUCAAGACAACCCAAUUAUGGUUGGGCAUUCUCUGAAACACACAGCGCCGCAUUCAAAUGGAAGUAGUUAUUCUGAUAAGUUAAUGGAAAGCUUACUUAGCAAGCAUCAUCCAUGGUGGAUUGCCCAUUAUCAUGAACAUGAAUCCCUGUUGCAAGAAAAUGAAGAGGAAAAACUAUCAAAAGAGGAGCAAGAUAUGGCUUGGGAGGUUUACCGGAAAUCACUGGAAUGGGAAGAAGUCCAGAGAGUACCACUAGGUGAGUCUAUUGUGCCUAUUCAGAAACCAGAAAUUCCAAAUACUGUGCCCCAUGUAUCAGAAACCUGCAACAUCUUGCCAAGUAAACUAAGCAGACGUUUUGCGUCCCGGAAAUGCACCAACCUUGCGCACAUGUUGACACUUCGAAGCCAGGGUACAAAAUUUGGUUGCAGUACUGUCUGUGGGGAAUGCGCCCAGGAGAUUAGGAAGAAAGAUGUAAGAUCUGCUGCUUCUGCACUAAGAGGACUGGCAAUCAAGAAGUUGAUUAUUAACCCUAAAUCAACACCAUUUCAACUAAAACAUCAGACAACUACAGUUCUUCACGUCACCAAGAAUGACAUAAGCGUUGCUACUAUGUAUGAUAUACCCCCUUUACAUUUUAUAGAUGAUGAUGUCGAUGUCUUAUCCCACUUCACCUCUCCCACAGUGAAACAAAGAACACAUACUAACCAGGAUAUAAAGAGUUAA